AGUAAAUAUGCCUGGGUUCACCUGCUGUGUCCCCGGCUGCUACAACAACUCGCACCGGGACCGGGAACUGCGCUUCUACACGUUUCCUAAGGACACCGCUCUCAGAGAGCAGUGGCUGAGGAACAUCUCCCGGGCCGGGGUCAGCGGCUGCUUCAGCACCUUCCAGCCAACUACGGGGCAUCGAGUCUGCAGCGUGCAUUUCGCCGGCGGGAGGAAAACCUACAGCAUCCGGGUGCCGUCCCUCUUCCCUCUGCGAGGGGUGAAUGAGCGCAGGAGUCGGCGGGGCAGAGGCAGGAAAGUAUCCGCGGCGGUUCCCGCGCCCGCCGCAGCUGCGACCUCCGGAAUUGUUGUCACCAGCUCCGUGCUGGGCAGCACCGCAGAAGGAGCCGAGGCCAACGCAGGCGGGGAAGCGAGCGACGACAGCAUCACCGUGGUGCAGAUUGGCCAAAACGGGGAGUACUUGGGCACCGCGCGACUGCCCGUCCAAACGGAGGGGACAUCUUACACGGGGCAGGUCGGCGGUACAGCCGAGGUAACGGCUGGCGACUCACAGGUGGACACCUCAUCCGCGGCGGCACCGGUGCAGUAUGUCAGCGUGACCAGCAGCCCGCUGGACCACUCGUACUCUCUGACCACUGGCACCACGUCGGCCGAGCUACUGAGGAAGCUGAACGAGCAGCGGGACAUCAUCGCGCUCAUGGAGGUAAAGAUGAAGGAGAUGAAGGCGACCAUCCGCCAGCUCCGGGUGGCGGAGGCCAAGCUGCAAGAGGAAGUGCGGGAACGGGACCGGUUGCUGUACGGCCACACGGUGGCUGCUAACGUUCGGAAGAAAAUCUGAUGGGAUGGGUGAACAUCCCCGGAGACGAGCCGAUAUACAGACUCAGACUGACGGAGAGCAGAUGGACAGCAGAUCCAGCCCCGAUUUCUACGAAACUGAGAGCGAUGACAAUUUAUUUUCAAGUAGAGCUUAUUUUUAUUUUUAUUUGCGUUUAAAUUUUUUUGUAGGCUGGCUAGUUGAUGUAGCUGAUAGUAAUAAACUUAAUGCUAAUCUAAUUGAAACAUGCACAGUCUGCCUCUGGUCUGCAGCCAAACCAAGAUCACAUGAAUCCAUUCAGACAAGACUCGUAGUUUGCACAGACUCACAUUUCAGACUUAUUUAUGACGGGACAGACUGAGGGGACACCGGCGAAGGACAUGCUCAAAACUGCCUAGCUGCAUAAAAUGUUUUUUGUCCUUAGGCUGUUUUUGUUUUUCCAACAGAGUUUAGGAGCUCUUGUUGCAAAAAAAAAAGGAUAACACCCCACAAUAACAUGCAAAAAUGCGCCAAGAUGAAGUAUUUAUAGGAUUUUUUUUUUUUUUACCAAAACACUAAUCUUGGCCUGCUUAGGGUUGUAGUGAACUAAAUAAAACUCUACCGCGACUGUUUCAGAGUUGCCUUUAAAGGUACCUUAAGAUUAUUUCCAUUAUUUUUGUUGCUAGAGGUAUUUUUGCAACUGAGAAGAAGAAAAAAAGACUUGAAGAAAUUCCUCAAAGCUUUAAAGGGCACUUAAAAUUAAUUCUUAUUAAAGGAUGCUUCUUGGGGACGUUUUUUCCCUAGUUUUGGGGGAAGCAGCACCUACUUCUUUUUCAUUUUUUGGGUGUGAUUUAAACAUUUUACGUGCCUCUUCCCUAUUCUUCACACAGAUGUUUAGUUCCCACAUAUUUGUCCUGUUCAUCAGUGUUUUAAGCACAGGCUAUUACAAACAUUUCAUAUUUUUGAAGCUGAUCUGGCAGCUCAUUGUUUAAGACUGGCAAGUUAUUUCUCAAGCCAACAAGCAUUUUGUCUCAUAGCAGCAUUUUAGAGACUUCUGGUGGGGGAGAAAGGAUCUGACAGUGUUUCUGUUGUUUUCUUUUUAAACCUUCAUUGAUAUUGGGGGGGUGGAGGGGUUUGGCUCAUGUGAUCUCAUCCCCGGACUGCGGUGAGGGGUUUAUUUUAAAAUGACAUGAAGAUUUGCAGUGGCUCUUGUAAGUAAUAUUACAAAUUUUUUCAGCUGUGUUGAGUUGUGGACAAAAUAAUACAAUUUGUAUGAAAUAAACUUAUAAAAGACUCGUGUUGGAAACCUUACAGUUUACGAUCGUCGCGUAAAGUGCAGUGAUCUUAAAAUUAUUCACACCCAAAAUUUAAUUGGAUUUGAAUUUUCCCCCGAGUGGGUGACAGGUCUGGUCUGCCAGUUUACAUCAUCAUCAUCAUUGUUUAGCACUAGUGGUGCCUUCACAGAUGCACAGGAUAGAUAAUCUGUGCAGAUUAAUAGCUCUGCAUCAUAGAGAUGCUGACUUUGGGUCUACAAAUCUCUCUUUAACUCACAGGAUGCAUAGUAUUACUUCUAUCAGGAAGUUAAAAUUUUGAGGGGUCAGAAAACAGCUUUAUAUUUUACGUCAUUGUCCAGGCUGGAUCUCAAGAACAUAUUAGAGUUUUUGGAUCUUCUUUGUGUGUUUUCCUUUCUUUUCAUGUCAGAGUUUUAACUUGCUUUUGUGGCUCUGUUUAUAAACCCGUGCUCUGACUGUUGUUUGAAUCCAGCACCACCUGAAAACCUGAAUGUGAUGGCCAUCUUUGGCCUGGUGAAAUCAUCUUUCUAAUUACACUGUAUGUUAAAUUCUA